UGACCACCUUUCAGCCUCCACACGUACACCAUCUUCCAGCGUGUGUGGUGCUCGUAGGAGCGCGAGUAGUGUGUGUGGACUUAACUCAGGCGACUGCACGUCGAAGUUCGAAUCCCCCACCCCACCCAACCAACCAACCAGAGGAAGAUGUCCCUCCAACGUCAGGUCAUGGCCAAGAUGCUUGGCAAACGGGACGAAGGUAUGGAAAAGGAGGCAAUCGAGUGGAUCUUCACUGUCCUCGGGGAACCACAGCCUCAAGGAGCUUUCGAGGACAUCCUUCGUGAUGGCCAGGUGCUCUGCCGACUCAUGAACAAGCUGUGUCCAGGAUGCAUCCCAAAAAUUAAUACCUCUGGUGGAGACUUCAAGAUGAUGGAGAACAUCAACAAGUUCUCCGAUGCCAUGAGGAAAUACGGAGUGCCAAUCGUGGACAUGUUCCAGACUGCCGACUUGUACGAGAAGAAGGACAUCGGGACUGUAGUCAACGCCAUCCACGCUCUGGGACGCACGACCUACCAGCACCCAGAAUGGGCCGGCCCUUGGUUGGGGCCACGCCCUGCUGAGGAGCACAAGAGGGAGUUCUCCGAGGAGGUCCUGGCCGCUGGGAGGGCCCACAUAGGCCUGCAAGCUGGCACCAACAAGGGCGCGUCCCAGGCUGGCGACACAACGGGCGCCCAGAGGAGGGUCAUCCUCGGGAAGUAAGAGAGGGCGCCUUCAGAAGAACAACAAGAAGAAGAAGAGGAGGAAGAGGUCAAGUUUAAAUUCUUUCGGCCUACUCGAAGAUUUCAGAGAUGAAAUUCUUAAUUUCGAAUGUUACACAUUUCAGGUAUAGAUCUUUAGGCCUACUUGAAAUCUUCAAGUUAAAAUUGUUAAUUCCAAAGGUUAAUCAUUUCAGGUAGAUUCCUUUAAAUGACUAGAUGUCUUCAAGAUAAAAUUGUUAAUUUCAGGUAGAGUCUUUAGGCCUACUCGAAGAUUUCAAAAUUAAAUUGGUUAGUUCCAAAGGUUGAUAAUUUCAAGUAAAUGCCUUUAAAUUACUAGAUAUCUUCGAGAUACAAUUCUUAAUUCCAAAGGUUAAUCAUUUCAGGUAGAUUCCUUAUGCCUACUCGAAGACUGUAAGAUAAAGUAGUUCGUUUCAAAAGUUGAUGACCUUAGACUAUACGUUCAAAAGAUAUUGUUAAUUUAAUUCUAAAUUCAGAAAACAAUGAUCAAUUAAUUUUCGAGUUUAUUAAUGCCAUUAUUAUUCGCGUUCUGACUUCCUAAUUGAAGAAUUGAAGAAAUGAAUUCUUGAUAAUAUUAAGACUGAAUUAUUGGUACGUGUCAUUUUAAAAGCUGCCUACGACGAGUGGGAUCAGUCUUGUCGUCAAAUCAGAGAAAACAUUCACUUCCUAACGCUUUUGAUAACAGUAGCUAUACUUCUGUACUUGAUACUAAUAGAAGCUUCCUAAACACUCGAUAGUUAACUUGGUUAAAAAAAGAAAACGAAGAAGUGAUUUCAUGAUUCUCGAAACAUAAAAAUACGAGUUGCGUCUUCCCUAACAUCUUUCUCCUAAUUAACAAAAGCUCUUUUUUUGCAUCUGAUCAAUUCCGAACGUACUAACAGCUACUGUAAUCACCUCGUAACCAUCUGAAGUAACCAAUUUUGACAACAUUGAAGUAUAUAACCAAUUUUGAUGGACAACUUUUAGUUUAACGAGUGUCAACAGCGCCUAACAACCAGUAACGAACUUAACAGCUAUUUAUGGAGUCGUAAUAUCUGUGCGGAGUUCCUUCCCUUACGCAAUUACUAAUCACCUAUACUAAAAGGAUACUGACCAGUAAAAGCGAUAACUGACCACUAAUAUGUCGUCACGUUAGCAUCAAUCUACCGACUACUAACAAGAUUAUUACUAUUAAUACGAGCACAAACGCCAAGCCAAAAAAUGACCUCAAUGAAAUUGCAACACAGCUGAUAGAAGAUCCCACUGAAACCGAAGACGAGUAACAAUGAUUUAUUCAGAGUUGAUUCACCGACCACCACUUACCUAUCUGGAGUGGUAGCGUAGCGCUAUUCAGUUUCCUCUUAAUCAGAAAUCAGGAUUAGAGUCAUUGAUGCUUAUAUAUAUAUAUACUAUAAAACCACCAGCUGGAUUCGGUCGACUCUCCACGUUAAAUCGCCAAAGGAAAUGAAUGAAUUCGCAAAUACAAAAGCAGUUGCUCCUCUUCUGAAGAACAAACGCUCCCUGAAUUGGAUGUGGCAUUGGAUGUGUUUCGAUCAAUAAAUGUUUCAAAAACGA